AUGAAUUCCAAUGAGCAGGUCAUUUUUGUCGCGCGGGCAAGCACUGCCCCAAACGUUGAGGAAAAGAUUCAGUGGCUCCUUGAGAGACUGGAAUUCGUCCAAGACGAGUACAGACUCGGAGAAGCAUGCGGUGAAUAUGCUGAAGACCCACAGCGGUUUGCAUUUGUCCAUCCAUCGAAUCGAGCGCUCCCUCGAGAGGGUGCUACGAUAGGCUUCCUCCGCGGCAUACUCAAAAACUUGAAGACCCAUCCUCCAGAGAUAUUACUCGUUGUGUCGUGGUGGUAUGGUCUAACCACCAACCCCUUUGACUUUGAUUAUAUCUUCUCGGCUUUAUGUCCCGGUGUGCGUGCCAGUGUUGUGCUUCGCAUCUAUGCAGAAGACCCACGGCGCUUCUUUGAAGUCAAUGCAGGAAAAGUCUGUGAGUUACUCCGGGGAUAA